AAUCUCCCAUUUUCACGAUCAGAACGUCCAAACAGCCCUCAGGAGAAGAAGGAGAAGAAGAAGAAUUUUAGAAUUUCAGUAGGAGAGAGGAAGCAAAUGCACGGGAUCAUGGACUCCCUGCGUCGAUCUCUGGUCUUCACUGUCUCUGGAGGAGCAGACGAAGGCAGUGGCAGCGGCGGCCUUGUUGACAAGAUCAUCAAGAAAUCUAGGGCUGGAUUCGUCCCAAAAACCCAAAAGGAAAAUAAUACCCCACCUAUCCGAUGGCGGAAGGGCGAGCUCAUUGGCUGCGGUGCCUUCGGCCGUGUCUACAUGGGCAUGAAUCUUGACUGCGGCGAACUUCUCGCUGUCAAGCAGGUUUUGAUUGCAAAUAAUGCAUCCAAGGAGAAAGCCCAAGAUCAUAUUCAGGAACUUGAAGAAGAAGUUAAGCUUCUCAAGAAUCUCUCCCACCCGAACAUUGUGAGGUAUUUGGGAACUGCUAGGGAGGAAGACACGCUGAAUAUUCUAUUGGAAUUUGUUCCUGGCGGAUCCAUCUCAUCGUUGCUUGGAAAGUUUGGCUCCUUCCCUGAGCCUGUUGUAAGAAUGUACACGAAGCAGCUUUUGCAAGGACUAGAAUAUCUCCAUAUGAAUGGAAUUAUGCACCGUGACAUUAAGGGGGCAAAUAUUCUUGUCGACAAUAAAGGGUGCAUAAAGCUUGCUGAUUUCGGUGCUUCAAAACAAGUUGCUGAACUGGCGACUAUCUCUGGUGCAAAAUCAAUGAAGGGCACUCCAUAUUGGAUGGCUCCCGAAGUCAUUCUCCAGACUGGGCACAGCUUCUCUGCUGACAUAUGGAGUGUUGGAUGUACUGUUAUCGAGAUGGCUACAGGAAAACCUCCCUGGAGCCAGCAGUACAAAGAGGUUGCUGCUUUAUUCUAUAUUGGGACAACAAAGUCACAUCCACCCAUCCCUGAGCAUCUCUCGUUGGAGGCUAAGGAUUUUCUUUUGAAAUGUUUACAAGAUGAACCAAGCUUGAGGCCAUCUGCUUCCGAAUUACUACAGCAUCCCUUUGUGACUGGAGAAUAUAAGGAUCCUCAUCCAAUAUUUCGCUCCUCUUCUCUGGAACAUUCUGCACAUAAAUUGCCAUCUUCUGGAUCAGAAUUGGAGAACCUCCCAAAACCAUUGACCAGUUCUAUGACAAACUGCGAGGCCUUGAAUGGCAUUUGUGACAACAGUGCUGUAUACCAAGAGAAAUUUCCAAGUGUACCGCCGAUUUGGGAGACAAGUGGCAGUGAAGACAUGUGCCAGGUUGACGAUGACUUCAGUGUGGGUGGUUCAGUAAGACCAGCUUCUGCAUUGAUGUUUGACCCAUUUAAGAGUUUCAAUCCUAUGUCUGAACCUAUUGAUGAUUCACCAUGUGAGUUUGAUGGAAUUCUGGAACAAAGAAGAAUAGACUUGGAGGGCUCGAGUGAAUUGGUUAAUGGUACUGAUAGCAGCUUUGGAGCAUCUGGAAAGUUAGAGAAUGAUUUCACAUUUCCCUCUGGACCACCAGUAUCUGAGGACGACGAUGAAGUCACCGAGUCAAAAAUUAGAGCUUUCCUGGAUGAGAAGGCUCUAGAUCUGAAGAAGUUGCAGACUCCACUGUAUGAGUUCUACAACACUUUGAAUGUGGCCAAUCCUUCGCCUUCGCCUGUCGCUGGGAAAGUUUAUGAUGAGACCAACCCAAAAAUUUUGAAGCUGCCCCCCAAAAGUAGGUCACCAGGCAGGGUGGCAAGUGGUCCAUCAACCCCACCCAUCAACGCUGUGAAUACUGCAAGCCCUGGGAGUGGUAGUAGGCGUGUCUCAAGCAGUGGUGGCGUGAACAAUCAAAGCACGAGAGAACUUCCGUCACCUCAGCGAAACGAAUGGAGAGAGCUUCUUGUUGAUUCUGAGCAAGAACCAAGUAGUCCAAGUGUGAGUUUUGCCGAAAGGCAAAAGAAGUGGAAAGAAGAGCUUGACCGAGAGCUCGAGAGAAAACGGGAGAUGAUGCGCCAGGCAGGUGUUGGUGGGAAGACAUCCUCUCCGAAAGAUAGAGCUUUAAGUCGGCAAAGAGAACGAUCGCAGUUUGCAUCCCCAGGCAAGUGAAGGCAUUUAUGGAGCCUGUAUGCUCAAUAGUUAACAAGUUACAUUUCUGGUUGAGGUGUUAAUGUAUGUAUCACAGUUUUUGGCGACUGUUAUAUAAUAAGAUAGUGGCCCCUCCGCCUUUAUAUCCAAUAAUAGCAAGCAAUUACCAUCAA